CAUAUCUUCCUUAUCCACAUUCUCACAAAAUCUCUCCAUUGCUCUCUGAGAAAACAAAAAAUGAUGUCAUCAAUGGCACUUUCAUCUGCUUCACUCUGCUCUUCUUUCGUCUCCCAGCAUCCCAAACUCUCCGUCACUGCAUCUCCUCCAUUGUUCACUUCCCAAACAGCCAAACCCAUCUCUGUAAAACGUAAAAUCGCAACUCUAGCAGCUCCAGAGGCACUUACAGCUGAAACAGUCCCCGGGAUUGAUACUUCAGACAGCACUCCACAACCAACAUCUAAGGUGGUGAAGCCAGAUGAGAAGUCAAGAGUGGUUCUCAAGUUUGUGUGGAUGGAGAAGAACAUAGGAUUAGGAUUGGACCAACAUGUACCUGGACAUGGUACAAUCCCACUUAGUCCUUACUUCUUCUGGCCUAGGAAAGAUGCUUGGGAAGAGCUUAAGUCUACUCUUGAAGCUAAGCCAUGGAUCUCUCAGAAGAAGAUGAUCAUUCUUCUUAACCAAGCCACUGACAUCAUCAAUCUCUGGCAACAAAGUGGCGGCAAUUUAACUUCUCAAUAAUCUCUAUUUUGUUUCUGCAUUUCAAGAAUUCACUUUGUCUAUGAUUACUAUUGCUAUUGAGAGAGUUUUUUGUUUUGUUUAUCUAAACAAUAUCCAAUGAUAUUCGACUUACAAGA